AUGCACGGAUCUAACCUACGUGUCGCGUAUCAAGGCGUUCCCGGAGCUUACUCCGAGGCAGCCGCAGGCAAAGCUUACCCUAACUGCCAAGCCGUUCCCUGCGACCAGUUUGAAGUUGCGUUUCAAGCGGUAGAAGACUUGACCACCGACCAUGCGGUUCUACCGGUUGAGAACUCUCUCGGAGGUUCUAUCCACCGUAACUACGAUCUUCUCCUCCGUCACCGUCUCCACAUCGUCGGAGAAGUCCACCUCCCUGUUCACCACUGUCUCUUAGCACUCCCCGGAGUACGCAAGGAGCUCCUCACGCGCGUGAUCUCACACCCUCAAGGCCUCGCUCAGUGCAGCGCACACUCGCAAAGCUAG